UCCGGCCCCGGAAUCUCUCCCUCCGCCCUUUCUGACUUUCUUCAUUGAAGCGGAUGCUAUUGAUAUCUGAAGAAAGCACGCAUUUUCAAGCGUAAUUCCACCAAAAGUACAGUUGAAUCCGAUCAGGAGAUAAUAAAAGCCCUAAUUUCAGUCGAUCUAGCGCUUCACCUCUUCGUUUUGGUGAUCAUUUUGGGUGGAAACGUUUUGGGGCGAAACUUCAUCUUUUCUGCGUUGAGAUACAGUGAGUUUUGUGAAUUCUGAUCGGAUUUUGGUGCGUCAUUGCCGGAUCUGCGGAAAGGGCGGGGGAAUUUCAGGUUUCUAAAUGUUGGGUUCCCUUUAAAGGGUUAGAAAUGAGGAUACGAAGGGAAUUUUUGAUGUUUUGAGGAAAGGCUUUUAGGGUUUGACUGGUUGGGGAGGGUUGUAUUAGAUAUGCUGACUGAUAGUGGUUGGGUUAAUGGGAAUCAUGUUGUAGAUCGGGUGGCCGGAGUAGGAGGCAACCAUCCGACAAUGUCAUCGAGCCUUUUGUUAACUCCUUCGUCAUCCCCGUCGCCAUCUUCGUCUAAUGGUGCCGUUAAUUACAUUGAACACUAUGUGUCCAAGUUCGAUACUCUUGCCGGCGUCGCCAUCAAAUACGGAGUUGAGGUGGCAGACAUUAAAAGAAUGAAUGGCUUGGUCACAGAUCGUCAAAUGUUUGCUCUCAAGUCGCUGCGGAUACCAUUACCAGGAAGGCAUGCACCAUCUUCAAGUAUAUCGAAUGGCUUAGUUACCCAAGGAAAGAGCAGCAUUGAACAGACCCCAAGUAGACAAUCUCACUCAGACUUGUUGGAAUCCUUCCAGUCCCUCGGGUUGAAAUCCCCCCAACGAAGGGUUUCUCCAGCCAUGAGCACCCUACAGGGCUAUUACGGGCUUAAACCUUCAACUAGUAAUGGUACAUUAGAAGGCACUGAAAUGGCAGUUUACAAAUCAGGCAGAUCUAAUUACUUGGAAGAUGGACUACCGCCCAAACCUUCUCCCAGUUCCGAUUCCCUUCCAAUCCAGCAUUGGCCGACAAGAAGCUUGCUUAAUAGUUUUGCACUUGAGAAUGGUGAACUUUAUGAGAAUUUGCUGGUUACAGAAGCAGGUGAUAGUGAGGCUGAGAGGUCAAAUGAGAAAUCUGUACGUAGGCGGCAGAAAGCUGAAGAUUUUGUUUCUCGCACACCAGAAAAGCUACUGAAAGAGGAAAAUAGUGGAGGCAGCAGUGGGUUCUCUGCAAUAACAGGAAAGGGUCUUGCCCAAAGGCCAAAAUCUGCUAGCCGAACCAAUCUUGCAUCUGACGCUGAGUCAGCGUGGUUGACUCCUAUUCCAGUGGGUCUGGGAGAUUCUCUCAUGACCAAUGGAUGCAGCAUGGUACGGAAAUCAUCCAGCACCUCCAACUUGCAAGACCAGGAAAGCAAUAACUCAUCCAUCUGGCCAACUUCAAAGUGGAGUUUGAAAACAGACUUGCAAGCCCUUUCAACUUCAGCUCUCACUAGACCGCUCUUCGAUGGCUUGCCCAAGCCUAUAACUGGCCUAUGGAAUAAAGCUGCCCUUGAUUAGUACAGUCUCUUCUGCACAGUCCUUUGCAUCCAAUUUAAUUUUCUCUUCCCAUUUAUAUAGAAUUAACCCAGAGGCAGGCAUUGCCUGAUAGAUUAAUACAGUAUAUAGAAUCAAAUCCAGAGCAAGGCAAAAUAUGGUUAUAUAGCUCCAUAUUAGGGAAGAAAGCAAAUCGAAGAUAGACAAACAAGCCACAUUUCUUCUACCAGCAGAUGAUGUGGCCUGCUAAAAAAUUGAAACAAAAACUGUCUAUUCUGUGAUGAAGUAGUAGUUCAAGUCAGAAACGGAAUCAUGAGAUAAGUUGCUGAUGGAUGAGGUAUGCGACGUUCUUUGUAUGUUACGUGCUCAUAUCACAUGCUAGCAUGCCUUUUCAGUUGUAGUAAUAUCAUUGGAGGAAGUUGGAAUUUAUAGUGUCUCAUUGUUUUUUUUUUUUUUUUUUUUGGCUUUUGUUAUAAAGAUACAUUUGGAUUGGAAUAUAAACCAAACAAAUCAGAUGGCUUCUUCGUUCUUUAACAGAAAGGUGUGAUAUCAUUUUCUUAAUUACAUUGCUUUCCUUCUUCAUAA